AUGGUAUCCCUUGCUCCCUGUGGAGAGAUGGAGCAAGAGGCUGGAGAACCAGAGGAUAUAUCACUGGAUCCAAAUGAAUCUAAAGCAAUGCAGACCAGCCCCAGGCCUGAGGACGGGGAGGGCAUGGUGGAGACACCGUCUCAGCAGGCAGUCAUGGGGACUAGAACAGAGACUGAGAAAAUGGACGAAGAAUGUGAAUACAAAGAGGAGAAAAAGAGAAGGGUAGAGACAGAGUUGGAAGAGGGAAUGGAAAAGGAAGAUGAUAUUAAGAAAGAGGAAGAAGAGGAAGAGCAGGGAGGGGAGGUGGAGGAGAAGACUUUGAUCAGUCAGGAUGAAGGUGGCAGAGCUGAGACUGAGUGUGGUGAAAGCACUAAUGACGACACCACAGGACACCCCGAGGGAGGAAGAAGGCUGAGGAAGACUUCAAGUUUGGGAAAAACUGUUCGCUUUCAGGAGGCUGAGGUUGUGGAGGAGAGAGACAACUCUGAGGAGACUCUCUUCCCUGAAUAUGAGUCAGAGGAAUGGACCUCCUCUAGUUUUGAGGUGCUGUUCCUGGCAGAGGACUGGUUGGAUAUUACAGAUGACCGUCUGCUUCGGAAGAAGAUUCUGGAGCAUGGCCCUCAAGAGGCCCCUGGCCCAUGCUGGGGUCAAGAGGUCACUCUGAAAAUGCAAGGUGUAUUGGAGGACAGAACAGUGGUAGAGAAAGACUGCAAACUGGUCUUUGUCAUUGGGGAGGGAGAUGUCAAUCAGGCACUGGAGGAGUGUGCCAUAUCAAUGAGGAAAGAGGAGAUCGCAUUACUGUUGGCUGAUUCACAGUACACUUACGGACUGCUUGGAAGGGAGCCGGAUAUUCCUGCUUGGGCCCCUUUGCUUUACCAGCUGCAGCUCCUGGACUUCAGAGACAAACCAGACCCCCUGACCCUCCCCAUCUCUGACCGCAUCCGCAUCGGCAACCAAAAACGAGAGAGGGGCAACUUCUACUUCCAGAGGGAGGAAUAUAGCAUGGCAGCUAGAGCCUAUUGCAUGGCCUUGGAUGUUCUCACUACACGUACAAAAGACAACAAGGACUCAACAGCGGAGGAGGAAGAGGAGGUCAAUGACUAUCGGGUGAAGUGUCUCAACAACUUGGCAGCUGCGCAGCUGAAGCUGGAACAGUACGACGAAGCCCUGCACACUUGCAGAGACGUGCUCUUCCUUGACCCCAGCAACGUCAAAGCUCUCUUCAGAGCAGGAAAACUGUUGUCAGAUAAAGGAGAAUAUGAGGAGGCAAUGGAGACGUUAAAGAAGGCUCUGAAGCUGGAACCAUCCACCAAGGCCAUCCAUGCAGAGCUGUCUAAACUGGUGAAGAGACAGGCUGGUGAAAAUGAAACGGACACCUGGAAAGCAAAACCUGCCCAAAUUCUAGGGGAAAAUAUCGCCCCCUUUUUGACUCCCCCUAAAAAGAAAGCCCCCGGUAUUUCUUGGAAGUUUCUGCUUGGUGCUUUGGUGGUGGCCUUGGGCAGUUUAGUGACAUCCAUGGUCCUGACUGCAAGAAACUAA